GUCCUGCGCUUUGCCAACGAAAAUCUGAAACUCCAUAUAGUUAAUGCCACUCUUCCCACCCACCCAAAUUGAAGAAAGAAAGAAAUGGGUAGUCUCCAAUUCAACUCAUCUUCUUCAUGUUGUUGCUAUGGAACCUUCGCACCAUCUUCCUCUAGCAGUCUCCAACAAAACCUCAUUCCAUUUUCCUUCAUCCCCACAAAAAGAUCUCUCCUUUCUUUCUCUUCCUCCAGAACUGCCACAACAAGGAUAAGGGCAGUGAGCACUGUCCCAGAGAGCUCGCCGGAGCAAGCAACGCCAGCAGCCGCAGAAGCAACCGAACCGCCUUUGGUCAACCUGGCAUUUGUUCAUUCGGUGUUGAUGCCUGAUGGCACACCAGAUGUGCAUAUGAGGAGAGCCAUUGGAGGGCAGAAGCUUAGAGACAUCAUGCUGGAUUCUAACAUUGAGCUCUAUGGUCCCUAUGCUAGGCCUCUGCUGAACUGUGCUGGAGGAGGAACUUGUGCAACUUGCAUGGUCGAGGUUGUACAGGGGAAGGAGCUCCUGAGCCCUCGCACUGAUAAAGAGAAUGAGAAACUCAAGAAGAAGCCUAAAAACUGGAGACUUGCCUGUCAAACCACAGUUGGGGAACCAGAUUCUACUGGGCUGGUUGUGAUCCAGCAAUUGCCAGAGUGGAAAGGCCAUGAAUGGGGUUAUGAGAAAGUGCUGCCCCCUGAGUUCAUGGUCGAUGAAUAGAGAUUUCACUCCUCACCAUUCUGCAAAUAUGUUGUCCUGCUGCAACACUUGAGAAAUCACAGCAUAUAUAAUUCUUUACUUGAGAUAUUGUACAUGUUAUAUGUAAGCUUAGUUGAUCAUCAACUUGGGUUGUUGAAACCAAUCACGUGAUGCAUUUCUGUCUCACCAAUUGUUACUGUCAAACCGGGGUGCUCAAUUAGUACGAUAUUGUCCGCUUUGGGCCAAGCCCGCACGGUUUUACUCUUGGGUGUCCUCCCCAAAAGGCCUCGUACUAAUGAGAUUGGUGGACACUAAUAUACAAGGGUUCCUUCCCUUGUAUAACCGUUGUGGUACUUGGAUUGUCCCAUAACAAUCCUCCCCUCAAGCCAAGGACCACGAACAUCGUGUCUCACCUCAGCGAUUAUCUUGAUCCGCCAGAUGCCUUGUAUCGAUGGGCUUCUCGAUACAAGGAUUUUACCAGACGCAGAACUCUCUUUGAUCUGCUUCCCAAAUGCGGAACUCUCUUUGAUCCGCCAAGCCCAAACGUGGAUCUCUCCUGGAUCCACCAAACCAUAUGCAGAUCUCAAACCCCGAGGUCACCGAGCGAGGGUCCACCGAACUGACGUCCAUCGCCCCGGAUCUGCCGAACCAGGCUCUGAUACCACUUGUUAUAAACGCGGUGCUACGGA